AUGCGCCCAGGAGACCCUCGUAUCCGCCAGACCCUCAAUCAGAUCUCCCAGAACCUCGAGUCCGCCAACGAGUCCGCCCAGGAGGGUAUAUACGCCUUCGCCCAUAACUACAUCGAGCCGUGCUUCCUGGGGGUACAGGAGUGCUUUACCUCCUUUACGGCCCCCUGUUUCCCCAGCCGAGACGACCAGCUUCGUCGGCGACGACGGGAGCGGUCUAGUGCCCGUGCCGAGUUUACUUUUGGAUUCUACGAUGACUGGGACUACGACGAGGAUGCGCGCGAAGAAGGGCUGUUAGGCUGGCGGAAUGAUGAGCUCGACAGGCUGCUGGCCGGGAAUAGCUCUGCGCGUGCGUCGAAUGACCAGCCGCGCACGAAUAGACGAAUGAGCUACGGUGCCCGGCGGCGGAGUUCGAUCCUGCCCAGUGACGAACGGCAAGACCCGACUGUCAUCCCUAGUUCGUCCAUACUUGGCUUUCUAGAGCGGUUUCCAUGGAGGAUAGGAGCAAGAGGCAUUCGCUAUCGUCCAUCUGCUGCUAACCUGCAAGAGAAUCCGGGUGGGCUGAAGCGGGACGCCCCAGAACAGGCACCGUUACUCGAAGCAAGCGAUGAAAGCGAUCAUGCCAGAGGCGAUACCAACGGCCACGGUAACAAUUAUAAGCCGGAACUACAUUCAAGAAAGCGACGCGGCACGCAAUCAUCCCAUGCAACUAGCAACUCCCUCAGUUCGCGCGGUGACCUAAUACCCAGCGACGAAGAGGAAGACGCCGUACCGCUCGAUGACGAAUUUAAUAUAAUGACCCUAGGCCGCCGAGGAGGCAGCUUGGGCGGCGAUGACUUUACCUUCUCCGCUCCACGAUCAGUCUCUGGCUCGACGAAAGGAACCACCUCCUCUCGGACCUCGAAUACGAGUAAAGGGAAGGGUAAGCGGAGGAAGCGAGAUAGAGGCUUGAAACGGCGUCGUACCAUGUCCAAGUCAUCGCAUUCGACGUCUGAGUUAGAUACCAGCAUUAUGAUUGAACCGGCUACAGACGUUGCUUCAUUGGCGGAUUUGAGGAGGGAGGAGGAGGAAGUUCGACUAGAAGAGGAGGCAGCAAUAGAGAGGAGACGUCUGGCUGCGCAAGACCUGGCCAAGCAGAAGGGGCUGAGUCUGGCUGAUGGUGAUAAUGAGCCCUCCCCGGGCCCUCUGGACGACGCCCAUGACGAAAAUAAUAACUCCUCUGACCAACCUUUCACCGAAACACACAUUCCCCCGUCGCGAUCCGAUCACGAAGCAUCCACUAACCUAACUACUAAUUCACCGAGCCCCGAAGACGGUCGUGGGCCUCCUACAUCUCAACUCAACAGCCCCGAACCACAUACACGUACCACCAUAUCACAAACCGGUAUCUCUCAACAAGAUAAUACGGAUAAUAUUAAUCCGAACGACUCGGGGCCCGAUGACCCCUCAAAACAUCCUAAUGCCACCCCCACUAACAACGAGUUAUGA